AAGAAAACGUCACUUCCGGUUUCAUGCAGCGAGUCGUCAUAACUGAUCUUUUGAAGUCAUGCGGAUAAUACUCCGUUCGGAAAACACCCGUGUGUGAUCAACAAAUCCCUCUUUUUUAUAUCCAGAGCUGAAAAAUAGUCUGGAGAUCACUAUUGUCUUGCAUCCUUGGAAUGCUUUUGACAUGAACUGCAUCUAGAUAUCAUAAUGAAUAUUUGCCUCAGAUCCCAAGGUAACUGGACCGUGACUAUGUCUUGCUUGUGAAUCUCUUUCCUUGAGGAGCGAAUCCAGUCCAACAUGCACUGCCAUCCUCCGCUCCAGAGGAGGUGCUGCUGGUAGAAGAUAUCAGGUAGGGGUGUGUGCACUGCUCUGGCCAUGGAUGACUUCGCUACACGCACCUAUGGGACCAGCGGGAUGGACAACAGGCCUCUGUUUGGGGAGACGUCGGCCAGGGAUAGAAUCAUCAAUCUAGUGAUCGGUGGACUUGCAUCUUUACUUGUUCUGGUGACCAUCAUUAGCUCAUUUGUCUUCCCUUCACUGCCUCCCAAGCCACUGAAUAUUUUCUUUGCUGUCUGUAUCAUAUUAGUCUGCGGUUCAGUGUUGGUUCUGAUAUACUGGUAUAGGCAAGGAGAUCUGGAGCCCAAGUUUCGCAACUUGAUCUACUACAUGCUCGGUUCCAUCGUUCUGCUGUGUAUCUGUGCCAACUUGUAUUUUCACGACGUGGGGCGUGACAAACAGAGCAAUGCCUUAUAAUGCUGUUUCCACGGGAGCCGUCCCAGUCAGCGGAAUGUUCAUCAUUAUGUGGGUGCUUUGGAACCCCACCUGAGUUCUUGAAUCAGGAGAAUUCGUUUUCCUACAAGCCCCAUUUGUGUGGGCAGGGCCAGUCUGCCUUUGGGAGCCAUGUUAAUGGACUAAACAUAUUGUAGAUGCAAAUAUGCUAGCGAUCAGUAGCACUCUGGGAUGUCCGUGCACACGUUUUGCACCCUCGAUGCUGUACACAGCUUAACCUGUAUGCCAAGACUUGGAGGUUUUGAAAUAAGCCAUGGCAAUGUAAUGCAUAAUGCUUUUAUAUUUGUACAUGACACACCUAUGGUACAUUCCUAAUUAGGAAAAAUCUUUAUUUUGUAUUUAAAUUAUUAGAAAUGCAAUCUUGAAUACAAAGCACUUCAUGCAGCAGUCAUUGUAAAUUAUGCUUUUUGUUCAUUUUUCUAAAUUACUGAACACUGUGUUAUUUGAUAUGGUGAAAACCUUGCCAUUUUGGUUAUCGACUGUUGUAAUUUGGAUUUUAUGUAAUGAAUAAAUACAUAUACACAA